AUGGCUACAGAUAUGAAGUCUGUGCUUUUAUUGCUUAUGGUAAUUGCUGCAACAUUGAACGAUGGGAAGCCAUGGGUAUUGAUUCCUCCAAAGGUAACAGUACGAAUCAUCAAUAAUUUUGAUCCACCUCAGGAUGUUACUGUUCAUUGCAAAUCCAAAGACGAUGAUAUUGGAGAGCACACUAUCAAAGUAGGAGAUAGCUUCGAAUUCCACUUCAGGCCAAACGCUAUUGUGGACGUAACGUUGUUCUUCUGCAGUUUUAGGUGGGCAUCAGAUCCUUCACUUCACUACUUUGACAUAUAUGAAGAGAGACGAGAUCAAUGGUGCACAACAUGUGAGUGGGCAGUUUCACAACAAGGUGCAUGCAUAUACAAUGAAGCCUUUAUGAAAUAUAAAUGCUAUAAUUAUACUAAUUCAGCCCCUCAACCAACCUUUAUUCAGCCUCUUGAUUUUGAUACAUCAAAUAAUAGCACUGUCCCUCCAUCUUGUAUCUAA